AUGGCCCCGGUGGCUGAAGAAGAGCCAUUGCUUUUCAUCGUCGGCAAGAAGAGUCGGAAGCCAUCAACCCACUUGUUUACCCUCAAGCAAAAAAGCAGAGAGCCAUUGAAAGACUACAUCUCUCGCUUUAAUGAAGAAGCCCUCCAAGUAGAUGACUACUCUGACAAGAUGGUGUUGUCCGCAAUGAUCAGCAAGCUCAGGGAAGGGAGAUUCCUGUUCUUGAUAGGGAAGAACCCACCAUCAACUCUUGGUGAAUUUAUCAGCCAUGCACAAAAGUAUAUGAAUGCUGAGGAAUUCUUCACCUCACGUAAGGGCAACCAGACCUCCAAGUCCUCAUCUAAAGGGAAGAGACAGGCAGGCCAACGAGAAAAAUGCAAGUACUGUCGCUUACAUCGCAACCACGGCCACAACACUAACGACCGCAUUGACUUAAAGGAAGAAAUUAAGACCCUCAUUUGCAAGGGUCAUCUGCGCCAGUACGUGAAGGAAGAGAGGCAGACCCGAAAGGAAGACCUGCCCCGCAAAGCUACGGACGAGGCCAUGGAGAUUCGAAUAAUCUUUGAUGGCCCGUCCAAUGGUGGAGAUUUGAAUCAGGCUCGUAAAGCCUACUCCAGGAGCACCGACCCCGAGCUCCACAUCAACUCAGCCGAAAGGCCAAGGAAAGAACUUCGAGUAAGCCCCUGCAAUCUUACAUUUAUAGAGGAUGAUGCACGGGGAAUCCAACAUCCCCAUGAUGAUGCCCUAGAGGUUACGAUGACGAUAGCCAACUACAAGGUCUACCGCGUCCUGGUCGACACUAGAAUCUCUACCGAUAUACUGUACUCGGAGGCGUUCGACAAGAUGGCGAUAGACAGGUCCCGCUUCCGACCUGUGAAGACUCCACUGCACGGAUUCGUCGGUGAUAAGGUGAUAUCUAAGGGUGAUAUUUUCCUCCUAGUUACAGCAGGAGAAGGGCGGAAUUAG